GAGGGCGCUAGAAACUGGAAGUGAGAGGAGACAUCUUGCUUAUGGGAAAACAUGGCAGCUCGCCUUAUCAGGAGACAUAAAUUCCAGUUUUAAGAAGCGGCAUUGUAUGUAUCCGGGAAGAAGGAGAACUACAAUAAGCGAGUCAUAUAAAUAUGAAGCUCUCGCGUACAACCAGCUGAAGGAAGAAAUGUUGAAAUUCAAAGUUGGAAUCCGCGGUGGAACAGACGGUUUAUCUUCAGAGCCUCUCACCAGCAGAGCUACACGGCUCCAUCACUUUUUCCAGGGGAAAUCAGCAUGUCAGUUCCCCUUGCAACAACAACUGUCUGCUCUAACCAGGGAAGGACUUCUGGAUUCCUUAUUCGUCCUCUUUGAAGAAUGCAACAGUCCAGCAUUGAUGAAGAUCAAACAUGUGUCGAACUUUGUCAAAAAAUAUUCUGAAACUGUUGCAGAGUUACGAGAGCUCCAUCCCAACUUUAAGGAUUUUGAAGUGAAGAAUGUAAUUGGGCGAGGUCACUUUGCAGAUGUUCAUGUUGUGAAGGAGAAGCUUACUGGGGACAUAUUUGCUAUGAAAGUGAUGAAGAAGAAAGCACUUCUUGCACAAGAACAGGUUUCCUUUUUUGAAGAAGAACGAAAUAUAUUAAGUAAUCAUAACAGUCCUUGGAUACCCACGCUACAGUAUGCCUUCCAAGAUAGGGAGCACCUUUACUUGGUUAUGCAGUACCAGCCAGGAGGAGACUUGCUCUCUCUACUGAAUCGCUAUGAUGAGCAGUUUGAUGAAAGCAUGGCCCAGUUUUAUCUGGCAGAAAUAGUUCUUGCAAUUCACAGUGUUCACCAGCUGGGAUAUGUACACAGGGAUAUUAAACCAGAGAAUAUUCUCAUUGAUCGCACUGGACAUGUUAAACUAGUAGAUUUUGGAUCAGCAGCAAGACUGACCUCAAAUAAAGUGAUGAGUUCACAGCUGCCUAUUGGGACACCUGAUUAUAUGGCACCAGAAGUACUUAUGGUGAUGAAUGGGGAUGGAAAAACUGCCUAUGGCCCUGAAUGUGACUGGUGGUCUUUGGGCAUCAUUGCCUAUGAAAUGCUUUAUGGAAAAUCUCCAUUUACAGAGGGGACAGCCACAAAAACGUUCAACAAUAUCAUGAACUUUCAGCGUUUCCUAAAGUUUCCAGAUGAACCAAAAAUCAGCAGAAAUUUUCUUGAUCUUAUCCAAAGUUUAUUGUGUGGACAAAGGGAGAGAUUGAAAUAUGAGGACUUGUGCUGUCAUCCAUUUUUUGCAAUUAUUGACUGGGACAAUAUACGGAAUACUCCUCCUCCGUUUGUUCCUACCUUAAAGUCUGACGAUGACACCUCAAAUUUUGACGAGCCGGAGAAGAAUUUACGCGCUUUGCCCUCUUCGUGCCACUUGAGCGCUGCAGGUUUCUCGGGCGAAGGGCUUCCGUUUGUGGGGUUUUCAUACAUCAAGGUUCUUGGCGCAUUCACCAAAUCUGAGUCCAUUGUGUCUGGCUUGGACUACUCUCCAGCCAAGACAAGCUCCAUGGAGAAGAAGUUAUUUCACAAGAGCAAAGAGCUGCAGGAAACACAGGACAAAUGCCACAAGAUGGAGCAAGAAAUGACUCGACUACAUCGUCGUGUGUCUGAGGUGGAGGCUGUACUCAGCCAAAAAGAAGUUGAAUUAAAAGCAUCUGAAUCGCAGAGAUCUCUACUGGAGCAAGACCUGGCAACCUACAUCACAGAAUGCAGCAGUUUAAAGCGCAGCCUAGAGCAGGCCCGGAUGGAGGUUUCCCAGGAGGAUGACAAGGCUCUGCAGCUUCUUCACGAUAUCCGAGAACAGAGCCGGAAGCUCCAGGAUAUUAAGGAGCAGGAGUUUCAAGCCCAAUUGGAAGAGAUGAAGUUGAUGAUGCAGCAGCUAGAAGAAGACCUCUCAUCUGCUCGAAGACGUAGUGACCUAUAUGAAACUGAAUUGAGAGAGUCGCGAUUGGCAGCAGAAGAAUUUAGGCGCAAAGCUACAGACUGUCAGCAGAAACUUCAAAAGCAGGCGAAAGAUCAUGGUAAAGCUGAAGUUGGGGAGUUGCAUUCUAAACUGGAGAAGAUCAAUGCCGAUCAACAAAAUAAAAUUCAGGAGCUGCAGGAGAAACUUACUAAAGCAGUAAAGGCCAGUUCCGAAGCCACUGAAUUACUCCAAAACAUUCGACAGGCCAAAGAACGAGCAGAGAUAGAAUUGGAAAAACUUAAGAAUCGAGAGGAUUCAAAUGAUGGAAUUAAGAAAAAACUAGCUGAAGCUGAGGAGAGACGUCAUUCCUUGGAGAACCAGGUUAGGAGACUGGAGAAUGUGGAGCACAGAGAAAACAGGUUGAAGGAAGACAUUCAGACCAAAUCUCAGCAAAUUCAACAGAUGGCUGAUAAAAUAAUGGAGCUGGAAGAAAAAUAUCGAGAGGCUCACAUGGGAGCCCAACACUUGGAUGUUCAUCUGAAGCAAAAUGAGCAAGCCUAUGUGGAGAAAGUCCGAAGCCUUGAAACAGAAAUCAAGAAGGAUUUGGAGGAAAAUAAAACUCUUCAGCAGCUUCGUGUCAAAAAUGAAGAAGAGAUCUGUGAGAAGAACAGAAUGUUAAGUGAACAGAAAGCCAUGAUCAAUGCUUUGGAGUCAAAGAUCAAGUCUUUGGAACAAAGAUUAGCAGAACUGACGGAAGCCAAUAAACUAGCUGCAAAUAGCAGCUUAUUCACUCAGAGGAAUAUGAAAGCCCAGGAGGAGAUGAUAUCUGAACUUAGACAGCAAAAAUUUUACCUAGAGACUCAGGCGGGGAAAAUAGAGGCCCAGAACCAGAAGCUGGAAGAACAGUUGGAGCGAAUUAAUAACCAGGAUCACACUGAUAAGACGCGGCUCCUGGAACUAGAGACAAGGUUACGAGAGAUUGGUCUGGAGCAUGAGGAGCAGAAGCUUGAGCUGAAGAGGCAGUUAACAGAGCUGCAGCUGACUUUACAGGAAAGGGAAUCCCAAAUUACCUCUUUACAGUCAGCACGUUCUGCUCUAGAAAGCCAGCUGCACCAAGCGAAAACUGAAUUGGAGGACACCACUGCAGAAGCCGAGGAGGAGAUACAAGUGUUAAGGUCACACAGAGAUGAGAUCCAGCGCAAAUUUGAUACCUUACGGGAUAGCUGUACAGUUCUUACAGACCUAGAAGAUCAACUCAACCGUAUGAGUGAAGAAAAUGCAGAUUUGAACAAUCAAAACUUUUAUCUAACCAAACAGCUGAAUGAGGUCUCUGGAGCUGCAGAAGAAAUAGUACAAGUUCGGAGUGAGGUGGACCAUUUAAGGAGAGAAAUUACUGAGCGGGAGAUGCAGCUUACUAGCCAAAAACAGACAAUGGAAGCUCUUAAGACUACGUGCACAAUGCUGGAGGAGCAGGUAAUGGAUUUAGAGGCACUGAAUGAUGAGCUGCUAGAAAAGGAGCGUCAGUGGGAAAGCUGGAGGAGUUCACUCGAAGACGAGAAGUCGCAGUUUGAGUGUAGACUCCGAGAAGUGCAGAGACUUCUGGAUACUGAGAAGCAGGGAAGAGCUCGAGCUGAUCAACGGAGUACAGAAUCUCGACAAAUGGUGGAACAGGCAGUAAAAGAACAUAAGGCAGACAUUUUGGCUCUUCAACAAGCGCUCAAGGAUCAAAAACUCAAAACAGAAAGUCUCUCUGAUAAGCUUAAUGAUCUGGAGAAGAAGCAUGCAAUGCUCGAGAUGAAUGCACGCAGCUUGCAGCAGAAACUUGAGACUGAGCGUGAACUGAAGCAGCGACUCCUAGAAGAGCAAGCUAAACUUCAGCAGCAAAUGGACCUUCAAAAGAAUCACAUCUUUCGCCUGACUCAAGGACUUCAGGAGGCAUUAGAUCGAGCAGAUUUGCUGAAAACAGAGAGAAGUGACUUAGAAUAUCAGCUGGAGAACAUGCAGGCUCUCUACUCUCAUGAAAAAGUUAAAAUGGAGGGGACCAUUUCCCAACAAACUAAACUCAUUGACUUCUUGCAAGCAAAAAUGGAUCAGCCAUCUAAGAAGAAAAAGGGUCUGUUUGGCAGGCGCAGGGAUGACCCAAAUCAGGCAUCACAAAUUCCUUUGCAGUACAAUGAGUUAAAGGUAGCACUGGAGAAAGAGAAGGCGCGGUCAGCGGAACUUGAGGAAGUGCUUCAAAAAACAAGGAUAGAACUGCGAUCUGCCAGGGAAGAAGCUGCACAUCUGAAAGUGGUUGAUCAUCCUCUUCCAUCUACACCUGGUACAGCAAGGCAGCAGAUAAUAAUGUCAGCAUUGGUCAGGUCUCCAGAGCAUCAACCAAAUGCUGUCAGCUUGCUCGCUCCUCAGUCCAGUCGUAGAAAAGAAUCCUCUGCUCCAGAAGAGUUUGGUCGUCGCCUUAAAGAACGAAUGCAUCAUAAUAUUCCUCACCGAUUCAACGUUGGUCUUACUAUGCGAGCGGCUAAGUGUUCUGUAUGCCUGGACACAGUGCACUUUGGGCGCCAAGGAGCUAAGUGUUUAGAGUGUCAGGUCAUGUGUCACCCAAAGUGUUCCUCCUGCCUCCCAGCUACAUGUGGCCUCCCCGCAGAAUAUGCUACACACUUCACCGAAGCCUUCUGUAGAGAGAAGAUGAAUUCCCCAGGGAUGCAAAUGAAGGAGACAACUGGCUCUGUUCGCCUGGAAGGCUGGAUGAAGAUCCCAAGAAACAACAAACGUGGGCAACAAGGCUGGGACAGAAAAUACAUUGUGCUGGAGGGAUCGAAGAUACAAAUCUACGAUAAUGAUGUAAAAGAAGGGGGCCAGCGACCUAUGGAUGAAUUUGAACUUUGUCUUCCUGAUGGUGAUGUAACGGUUCAUGGAGCUGUGGGAUCCACAGAACUUGUAAAUACUGCAAAGUCGGAUGUGCCGUACGUGAUGAAGGUGGAGUCUCACCCACACACUACUUGCUGGCCAGGACGCACUCUUUACUUGUUAGCACCUAGUUUUCCAGAUAAGCAGCGCUGGGUCAAUGCCAUGGAGUCCGUGGUUGCUGGUGGGAGAGUGUCCAGAGAGAAAGCAGAAGCUGAUGCUAAGUUGCUUGGAAAUUCCCUUUUGAAGCUGGAAGGAGAAGACCGGUUGGACAUAAACUGCACUAUACCUCUGACAGAGCAGAUUGUUCUGGUCGGUGCCGAGGAAGGCCUCUAUGCUCUGAAUGUGUUAAAGAAUUCUCUCACUCACAUUCCUGGUGUCGGGGCCGUGUUUCAGGUUCAUAUUGUGAAAGAGCUGGAGAAACUCCUACUUAUAGCAGGAGAAGAACGUGCAUUGUGCUUAAUUGAUGUGAAGAAAGUGAAGCAGUCCCUGGCCCAGGCCCAUCUGCCAGCACAGCCAGAGGUAGCUCUCACAGUGUUUGAGGCUGUUAAAGGCUGUCAUCUAUUUGCUGCUGGAAAGAUUGAGAAUGGAUUAUGCAUUUGUGCUGCAAUGCUGAAUAAAGUUGUGAUAUUGCGAUAUAACGAAAGCCUCAGCAAAUUUUGCAUUAGAAAGGAAAUUGAGACAUCAGAGCCCUGCAGCUGCAUCUAUUUUACUGGCUACAGCAUCAUCAUUGGAACCAACAAAUUUUAUGAGAUUGAGAUGAAGCAAUAUACUCUGGAGGAAUUCCUGGAUAAAAAUGACCAUUCCUUGGCCUCUGCUGUGUUUGCGUCUUCAUCCAACAGUUUCCCCAUUGCUAUAAUGCAGGUGAACAGCACAGGACAGAGGGAGGAGUAUCUCCUCUGUUUCCAUGAGUUUGGUGUGUUUGUUGAUUCAUAUGGAAGACGGAGUCGAACGGAUGAUCUAAAAUGGAGCCGGUUGCCUCUUGCUUUUGCAUACCGAGAACCUUACUUGUUUGUGACUCAUUUUAACUCCUUGGAAGUCAUUGAGAUUCAGGGGCGUGCUGCUCUUGGUGCUCCAGCCAGGGCUCAUCUGGAUAUUCCAAACCCACGUUAUUUGGGGCCAGCCAUCUCUUCUGGAGCCAUUUAUCUGGCAUCAGUUUACCAGGACAAGCUCCGAGUGAUCUGUUGUAAGGGCAAUCUGGUGAAAGAUAACGCUAACGAUCUCCAUCGUGCCCCAUCCACUACACGAAGUCCCAACAAGAGAGGCCCUCCUUCUUACAAUGAUCACAUAACAAAGAGAAUAGCGUCCAGUCCAGUACCAGGAGAAGGUCAAGGUCUGGUACGUGAACCCAGUACACCACAUCGGUAUCGUGAAGGAAGGACAGAGAUGCGCCGGGAUAAGUCACCUGGGCGGCCAUUGGAAAGAGAAAAGUCUCCUGGAAGGUUAUUAAGCACCAGAAGGGAAAGGUCACCUGGAAGAUUAUUUGAAGAUGGCAGCAGAGGUCGUGUACCUGCAGGAGGUGUAAGAACGCCACUUUCUCAAGUCAAUAAGGUUUGGGACCAGUCUUCGGUGUAAGGGCUCUCCAGCAUCAGAUAAAUGAAACACGGGGGAAUGUCUUUAUGUCUGGUUUGAACAGGCAUAUGCUUUUCUAUUCUGAUUGUUUGUAGCAGACAAGUUCCACAACUAUUUUGUGCUAUGUGAAGAUCACUAACCAACUGCAGCUCUGCCUCUCAUACUUCAAGCCAUGUUUCUUCCUCCAUAGUCUAGGCUACAUUCUUCUUUCUGUUACAGUACUAGGUCAAUUUUGCCUCUCUAGAACAAACGGCCAAUCUAGAGGCUUUGAUUACAUUUGCUAAUGAAAAUUGAAUGUUGUAUAUUGAACAUGUUAGAGUAUAUCUACUUUCUGAUUUACAUGAUGCUAAGUAUUUUUGAUAGAGCUUUGCAUUAAUUCUAGCAUCACAGGUAAAGGCACGGCAAAGCCAAUGCUUUCACACUAUACAACCACGUAUUUAUUCACCAGUUACUGCGUGAUUCUGUUCUGCUUACUUCCUAAUGCUUUUGCUACCUCACUUAAAGUCAAAAACUUUUGCUUUACAAAACCAUCACAUUGUUGUGCCAGGGGUAAUAUGUCUGAAAAGGUGCUAAAUCUUUUAUAGGUGUCAAUGAUAAAGAUCUUAUAUUGGAUUCUCAUUUUUCAAUUGAGAAAGUUUGUAAUCUGCCCACUUCUGAUAACAUGUGUAUAUGUGGUAAGCUGGACUUUGAAUAUGUACAUAUAUAUAUGUAACUAUAUAUUUGUCUCUCUAUGAUGCAUAACUGCAUGAAAGAUCUGUCACUCUGGAAGCCUCUUGACUUACGUAAAUGUCACGAUCGAUAUGUGUAAUUGGGUAAUGCUGAUUGACUAUGCCCAGUCAAAAUUUACUGCAGAUGUCUGUCCCUUCCAAUGCUUCCCUAACUAUACAUGAGGAUUGUACAUACUUUACCACAAAGUUUAUAUUCAUAAAAUUGAAUAUGUUUCUACUUUUUUAAGGUAAACUGUCCAUUUUUGAAUUUUGCCUUUUGUGAAAUGUGUGGAGAGCACAACACUCCUGUCCAUUGAUGUAUGAACGCAAGGGGUGAUUGUGAGGUGUGGAAUGCCUGAUUUUUAUUAUGCUUUGCUGCUCUUUGCUCAGCAAAAAAAAAAAAAACUAACAAUAAAUGCACUAACUUCAAUUUAUAUUGGCCUGGGAGAAAAGUAUUCUAGGCUGGCGAAAGAUUUCCUGCAUGGGUUUUAUAUUUUGUAAAAAAUUUGAAUUGGUCAAAAUUAAAAAGGUGGUCAAUUAA